GGGAGACCGCCCUUGACAGCCCGCCUCGCCUCGCCCUCUUCUUUUGCUCGCCCUGCCUCGUCCAUUUUGACUCUACGUAUGAUGAAGAGCUCCGAUCCAGUCAGCCCCAGGAUUUAGGAUAAGCCGCUCAUGUGUGGCUCUCGUGGUCGGGUCACCACUCACAGGAUCUAACACUAUUACUGCAUCCCACCGCUCCUCUCACACCUCUCACACCCCCCAGUCGUGCCGUCCCCCGUCGUUUUUGCAGAUGCAAUGAUCCAUCAUUCUUCCUAACCUCUUCUCCGCCAGAGCUUCCUCUCUCUCUCUCUCUGUCUCUCUGACUAUUACCUACAACCAUUGAACCCUUUAAACGACCCCCCCUCCUUUCAUCUUUCCACUCCUUCUACUCCUUCUUUUUUUCUUUUCCUCUUUCCUGUUUCUGGGAUGUGUGGCAAGAGAUGGUGAUCGGGAACCGAGAUUUUUCAACCUUUAGGAGUAAGAGUACCAAGAGCACCAAGAGUGACUCGGGGAACGGGGACGAUGCGUCGAUAGGCACGCACGACAGCUCGUAUGAGCACCCUCUGGCUCGCAAAGGCUACGAUAUUGGCCCCGCGUCGAGGUGCGAGGUGGGAGACGUCUUCGAGUUCCUCUGGGCCGACUCGCACGAGUUCGAAUGGGAGUGGAAAUGCCUUGGCUACACUCGCUUCAUUGUGCUGCGACACAGCGACACCUUUCCGCAUCACUGCGUGUGUGUGCCGAUUUCCACCCCCACCAAGAACGAUUUCCAGAAACCCGGCAUCGACUCGAGCCAGCAGGGCUACGUAUUCGACGAGAAUGACCGCACGCCGCCCUUUGACCGGCUCCCCUUCUCGCCGGUCGGCAUGCAGCUGCGCCCGGGCAAGUUCCGAGUCAAGGAAAACUCGCGCGCCAACUACGCCGACGUGCUCGAGAUCGACCACGACGCCCAGGUCAUGGUCGUCGGCGACGUGACGCGCUACUUUGACCGCGUGCGGCGCAACGUCAACAAGGCCGUCAUGCGCAACGUCCUGAAGAAGGCGUUGGAGCAGUACCGCCAGGGCAAGCUGGUCGGCAAGAAGGGCGCCAAGCUCGAGGCCAGCGAGGUCAACGGCGGCGGCAGCGGCAGCGGCCAGGACGACGACGAACCCGAGGGUGAGAGCGACCCCGACCACCCCGACGUCUUCCUAAUGCCUGACGAAACGGCCUCCGUCAUCGAGAAGCGACAGCCAGAACCCCCCCUCAUCAGCAGCAGCAGUGCGGCAGCAGCAGAGAUGCCUCCCCCGCCCCCUCCAGCUCCACCGCUACCUCCGAUGGACAUGCCGAUGCCGACGCCGAUGCCGAUACCGAUCCAGCAGCCUUCUCCCCCGCGAGACGACGCGGCCUCGAUCCGCUCCCACGCUUCCCGCGAGAGGAGGCACUCCCGGAAAGAAGCGCAUUCCCCCCCACAGGACGAUACGGCCUCGAUUCGAUCCCAUGCUUCCCGCGAGAGGAGACACUCCCGGAAAGAAGCGCCCCCUCCGCCGAGAGGCGAGGACCUGGCGAGGAAAAUGUCCGACCAGCACGUCGACGGGGCGUCCCGGCCCUACCGGCAACGCAUCGACCUCCCGCGUUCGCGCAGCCAUCGGCUGCCCGAGCCCGAGACGGGCUCCAUGUACGACGUCGCUACGGCCAGGGCGGACUGAUGAUGCCCGAAAAGGGAGGACGGAGACGCAUUUUUAGAACGGGCUUAUUUUCCAGGAAGCUAAACGUCGUUGGUCCAGAGUCGGUCUCGGGCACUUGAAGGCGGGCGGGCUUACUGCUGGCUGUCUCAAAUGUCUUUCGCCUCUCUUUUCCUUUUUUUUUUUCUCUCUCUUUUUUUGUUAUGACGCCCUCAUCAUGAUUGCAUGCAUCAAAUGUCCUUUUCCUCUCAUUUUGUUUCCCCUCUUUUUCCAAAAUCCUUCCUCUUGUCUCGUCACUGCGACUUACAGCCUCCUCAACAUCAACAAAUAACGAAACGAGAAUCCGCCAGCAUUCACGGAGUACAAUUAGACUUGUUUUUUUCUGCGUCUCUCUUUUUAACCAGUAUUGCCGGUCCAACGACCCAUAUACAGAAAACAACAAAACAUGUACAAAAAUGAUAUAAUCAAACCACGAGUUUG